ACUUCAUAGAAAUGGCGGAGGGUGCUACGACUCUCAAGGGCUUGCGUGCCCAAAUGGCUGCAGCUGCACAGGCACAAGCCGAGGAGCGGCGUAGCCUGUCAGGGAAUAGUCCAGGACCUACAACCAACACAUCAGCUAAACCUCAGGGGUGUAGGCCAGUCAUUGACGGUGCCACACUUAGAAUAGACGACCGACUGCGAGUGGCAAAAGAGAGACGAGAAGAGGCAGAGAGACAACAGGCUUUGCGAGAGUCUCAGAUCAUGGAGCGGGAGCGCAAGGCCAAGCAGCAAGUGGAGCGUCAGAUGGAGGAGCGUCAGAAAAAGGUUGAGGAACAGCGAAGGAAGGAGGAGCAGAAACGACUUGCUGUGGAGGAGAAGAGGAAGCAGAAACAGGAAGAGGAAAAGGAGCACUACGAGGCAGUGAUGCGGCGGACAUUGGAGCGUAGUCAGCGAGUGGAGCAGAGACAGAAAAGAUGGUCUUGGGGAGGACUGUCCACAGACUCAGAUGGACGAACAGGAGAUUCUGAUGCCAGCGCCUCAUCUCCAGUAACUAUAGUUAUCUCCCCUGCCUCGCCAGAAAAGCCACCAAGGAGUCGACAAGUGGACAAGCGUUCCACAUCCACCAUGAACCUGAAACAGCCGUCCGAGGCUGGUAUCAGCAAACGCCUAUCCUCUUCCUCUGCCACCCUCAUCAAAUCUCCUGACAAAAGAGCUAAGCCGAGGAGUUCAUCUUGUAACCGGUUGCCUAGCAAUGGCAAUGCUGCUCAGGCCAGUAAGGAAGACGGCAAAAAGCUUCAGGUGGAACAGACAGGCCAUUCUAUGAAGAAGAGAAGUUCCUCCCUCACUCGAGUAAGUGUGGGCAGAGCACAGACCCCUGCCAAGCCUGAUAAGGGGACAACGGAUGAUCAAGCUCGCAGGCCACCGGCAAGCACUGUGGACGGAGGGGUCCUUAGUCGCCUGCUCACCCCCACCCAGGCCUCACUAGCUAGGAGCAAGAGCGCCGCUGCCCUGUCCGCUGAAGGAACAGAUGCUCAAGCCUCUGCCAGUCCCCUGCACCCACCGCGCGGACCUGUGCGCAGCCGUAGCAUUGACCGACAGAAGAGCGGCAUGACCACCUCUGUUUCAGCUGACGGAGCCCUCGACCCUUCACUGAAGGACAAGCAGUUAACGCCUGGGGGGCAACGUCCCGCCUCCCCAUCCACCCCCCUGGGACGCAACCGCUCACCAUCCCCAGCCCCCAAUCCAGCUCCAAAGAGGACCCCCUCCCCAGCAGCCAAGCAAAGUUCCAAGUCACGCCCACCCUCACCUGGUGCAAUGAAACAACGUCCCCCAUCCCCCCAGCCUACAUCAACCAAACCCCCACCCAUCCAGAAACAGGCUCUCACUCCAACAGGGCCCCCUACUUUGCGAAAGAGAGACUCCAAGUCUAAGGAACUGUGUCCUGUCCAGGCUGUGGCUCCACAGCCCUCUGACAGCAGCAAGUCCAAAGAGAAAGAUGACUCUAAGGCCGCGUCAGGCACCAACUCGGCUGCUGAGGCAGCCAAGAUCCUGGCAGAGAAUCGCAGACUGAUGCGAGAGCAGAAGGAAAAAGAGGAGCAGCUCAGGGUACAGAGAGAGGAAGAGGAAAGGCUGAGAAAGGAAGAAGAGCAACGUUUAGCGGAGGAGGCUCGACUGAAACGCAUAGAGGAGGAGAAGAAGCUUGCAGAGGAGAGAAAAGUCAAAGAAGAAGAAGAAGCUCGCCUGGCAGAGGAGGAGCGGGUGAGACUGGCAGAAGAGGAGGCAGUGAAACAGGCCGAGCUCCAGAAGGAGCGGGAGGAGGCUGAGGCCAAGGCUCUGGAGGAGGCAGAGAGAGUCCGUCAGGAGAGAGACCGCAUCAUGCAGCAGAACCAGCAAGAACGAAUGGAGAGGAAGAAGAGAAUUGAAGAAAUAAUGAAGAGAACUAGAAAAGGGGAUGCAAAUGACUUGAAGAGAGAUGACGAUAAAUCGCAGGAGAAUGGAGAUGAGGGAGGGGACCAGAUAAGCUGUGAAACCAAGAAUGACAUAGCCCAGACAGAUGACAUCGCCAUGGAGGCCGACAAAGAUGAGUGUGGUCUGUCCUCUGGUGAUCCGGGGAUCCAACAAGAGGAGCUCCUAGACAGUGUCAAUGGGAAACCAGAGACUGACGACAAGGAGAAUAACAAUGGCAUAAGCACAGAUGAAACUCAGGCAGUAAGUCCAGUCCCUAAAGGCCACCUGGUCGAGGGUUCGGAGUUCCUGAAUGAGCAGGACUCUGCCAAAGUGGGGUUGGUCUCUGGCAUGAACGGUAAAGCCAACCAGUGGAGCUUUGAAGAAUUCAUUGACCUCAAUGUCCACUCUAAGACUCGGCCCCUCAUCGAGGCAGAGGACUGUAACCAGGUCUUGAUCAACUGUGACGGGAGCUCAGAUGGGACCAGGGUAGCCUUCGAGGACAAGGGAACCCCCGUCAACACCCUGCAUUCCUCUAAUCAACCCAUAGAAGCCCUUUCAGAGAUUUGAUGCUGCGGCCAUCGCUGGGAAGCCUCUCACUGUUGCACUCCUAAAGUUCCUGUCUAGCUGAGCUCCUUUAAAAAAAAAAAAAAAAGAAAAAAAAAUCCUUUAUCAGUUCCAAACAGCUUCCUGCUCUUUGUCCUCCUCCUCUUCCGGAGGGAGGAGCACAAGGUGAAGUGGAAAGACCACCAAGUGCUACAUUUGCACCCUACAUGAUGAGGAAACAAAUAUAUUAAAAUUAUAUAUUAAAAAAUGUUAUUCUUCAGGGAAAUUCCAUAUAUUCCUUCGUGCUUGCUUCAGGUCUCUUUCCUCUUCCUCUUGUGUUUAGUUCUUCUCCAGAUGUUUUUGUUUUUUUCUAUGUUGUGUCUGAUUUUGAUGAUGUUUUUUAAGAGCUUUGUCUUUGUCAGGGGUGCAUUGUUGUAAUUUAUUAAUUUUGGCUUCUAUGUUAUUGUAAUUAUUGUUAUGUAUGUUUCUUUUUUUUUUUUCUCUUCUAUGAGAAUAUUCCAGGACACAUGCACAUUAGGCUGUGUGAACUGAAUAUGAGGUAAAUAUAGUGAGUUAAUGGAAGGAACGUUAAUACAUUCUGAUGUGUCAGGGGUUGGGGGGAUAGCAUCCCAGGAUUUGCAUGUGAUUCAUCUAAAUUUACUUGACCGGCUGUUUUUUGCAGCAUCCAGCAAUAUGGCCUUACCAUUUUUUCCCCAACUUCUAAUUUCUAAGUAUGAAUAUAGUAAAUAUUUUGUGCUGAAGCUCAUACACGCACAGUUUAGCAGUCUCCCAUCAUGCGCUUACAGUUGGGAGUGGAUUCUGUAUUCAUGCUAUACUUCACAGAUCUCUGUCCUUUUUCAUCCCCUUUUUUUUUCAUGCCUAACACACAAACACCUGUCUCCCAGCUUCUCUCUCCCUGUGUUUCCUUCUUUGGCCACUAGAGGGAUUCAAGAGCACAACUGUUACAUUUGAAGCUCAAGAGAGUUGAGAUUAAAGACGACGCUGUAGUGAAUUCACAUCUUCACGUCGGUGAAGUUUCAGCAAUUUGUUGAUUUGGGGCUCAUGGCCCAUUUAGGUUUUAUUUUUUUACAUAUGUAUAUAGAAUGUGUGUUUACUAACAUCAUUGUAAUUUACAUCACAAUCUGAGUUCUAGUCUCAUCUGAAGUGAUAACACCACCACCUGCAUCUGUUCCCAUUCAACUGUUUGAAUAAUUGAAACUGUGACACACUAACUUAACAGAGUUGAAGUCCAUUAGUUUCUUUCUUAGCUGCUUCUGAGCUUCUUAAGGCGGUGUGUGUUCAUCACUGGAACUUCAAUGUUUGGCUGUUUUCAUGUCAUUCAUGUCCAGAGUUCACCUUUACUGAAACUAGAAAUCAGGUUUUCAAUUAUCUGGUUUUUAUUUGAACUUUACCAACACAUCCACACACACCUCUCCAUCCAUCCUUCUGCCUGUGUCACUCUGUCAUUAAUUCCACUUCUUUCCCACAAACCAUCUUCUAAAACACCAGCUGCUGCAUCAGACAAAAUGCAUUUCAACUGUUUUUUAUAAUAUAAAAUUUGGCUCUUUGUUUAUAUAUAAAAAUACAUUUCUACAUAUAUUUAAGUGUUAUUGUAUUGUGUAUAUAAUCAGUAUUAGGCAAAUGAAGCCAUGUUUAGGAGGGAGUGGUGUCAGGAUGUGGAUAAUUGAAGUCUGUGUAUGUGUAUGUGCUAUAAGUUUAAGGUUUCUGUUCUUACCCUGUGACACGUGCCCUGUGACAGGGUAGCCGGGUUAGGUUUUUGCAGCCUGGAAAGCUAACACUUACAUGAAGCCCUGUUCCACAGCAGCUCUGCAAAACAAGGGGCCAAGUGGGGACCCACUAUGUUUCUCAAAAUGUGGUCUGUAAUUCUGUGUAUAUUUGAGAGAUUUCAGUCGUAUAUCCCCAAGCCCUAGUUUUGAUUCUGAUGUUGCCUCACAGACUAAACAAGUUGACAUUUUAAUGGCGAACAGAGCUCACAACCCUCAGCAACAUUUCUUGACCCAUGAAAACAGUCGUCGCUGUGCCUCAUAAUGCUUUUAAUGUCAUCAAAAUAUGUUUUAUGUGAUGUCAAAAGAUAUGGUAGGCAUAUCAGCGCAGUUUGCAACCUUUCUCCUUUGUAACAUGACGCAGGGUAAAUUCACUAAACAAAAUCUGAGAUGGGGCAGACUUGUUUUCCCAUAUUGUUUUCUGUCUGUUCUGGAGUUUUUUUUUUUUUAACAAACUGUGUUGAAAUCUUGAAAUGCUCAAUGCUUGAAUAGUCUAAGCACAAGGUUUGGGGACCUUGAUUUUUGCCUUGUUCUCUGCUGGCUAACUAAAAUCUUUGUACAUAAAGACUAGGGGCUUUUAGAUCUUAGCUUUGAUUAAUAAGCUCAAAGAAUGUAACAGACUCCAUAAACCGUCCUUCAUUAUUUACCAUGUCUCUCAAAGCUGCCCACUUUUAGCUUACAUACAUUAUUCAUCUAAAAACACAAGACUCUUUGCACUGUCACAUUACUUGCUGUGUUUAAAGAAUGGUUACUGAGGAGUUGCUUUACUGUACAGACCCGUAGGAGAGAUGUGUGAUAUUCUGGAGGAAAGUAGGGUUUUUUCCCAUUAAGAGAUUUCAAAAAAUCUCACCCCUAACCCAAAACUUGCCAAUACCCAAACUCCGCCCAAACCUUUCCUACUCCUUUCCACUCAUGAGUAGCACCUGUUGGGGGGCUGUUGUAGCUGCUGCUUGAAGAAAUACUGUAUCUAUUCCAGGUUCCUGCUGCAUCUUUGAGGGCUUGAGUACAGAACUGACUGCUCUUAGUCCUCAAUGUUGUCUAUAACAAUAGGAUAGAACGGUGCCUUAGAUUGAGAUUUAGUAUUUUUAUUGUAUCACAGUUGACUAAGAAAGCUUGUCUUUACCUCAGCCUCGACAAUCAGUCCACCCAACCAGGGCAACAGUGUGAAUAUGAAUAUUUCUCUGAAAGAUUUACAAACCUAACAAUGCCCUGACCACAAAUAAAAUUUGUACUGUAAAUAUAUCUAAAGUGUACUGAGAUGAUACAAACUGUUAAAACAAUAAAGUCUUGCAAAAA